AUACUAGUAAUAUAGAUUUGCUUCUUUCUCUCUCAGAAUUUUUGUCGAGCGGAUUUGAUUUCAUAUUGAUACAUAGUUUUAUUAAAUAAUCUGGUUUAAUUUGGUUAGAUGAAGAUGCAAGAUUCGGCAGCUCAACAACCGGAAAUUGCUAUAAUCGUGGGAGAUUCUUCUUCUUCUCUUCAUUCUUCUUCUUCUUCUCAGGGUGAUAAUCAGCAGGUAAAAGAAAAAUCUACUGAAGAUGUGCCAAGCUCUCAAUCUAUCGAAACCCACUUGGAUCUUUCAAUACAAAUACCUCUCAGACCAAUUCCAUUCGGUAACGGCCGUAACCCAAAGAGUUCAUUGAAGUCCACUAGUUCAUUCAAAAGUGGCAGUACAUCCUCACCAAGAGGAAUCUUGCGCAAUUUAAGCUUGAAAAAGAAAGUUAUUUCUCAACCUGAAAGCGAGAGAAGCUCCCUACUAUCUCCCGGUCUCAUGGAAACCGCUAAAAAGCCCAAUGCUACAACUUCGCCUUAUUGGAAAAGAUGCUUAUCGCUUCCUAAUAGACAUGCUGCAAAACUGUCUCCGGUGGUAUCUACACAAGUUUCAGCUGGGGUGCCUGGUGAGCCGCCUAACAAAGAUUAUCCAAGGUCCUUGUCCAUGCCCGGACGAAACAAAGUGAUUGUGCGAUCCAUAUCUUUUGACAACCACAAAGCCCGUGUUUCCAGUGAAACUAGUGCAGCAGAUCAAAUCUCUUCCGUUCCUCCUGAAGAAACUGAUGAAGAAAUUCCCGAAGAAGAAGCCGUGUGCAGGAUCUGUCUAGAUGUGUGCGAAGAGGGCAAUACUUUGAAAAUGGAGUGCAGCUGCAAAGGUGAUCUCAGACUUGUUCAUGAAGCGUGUGCCAUGAAAUGGUUUAGUACAAAGGGAACAAGAACCUGUGACGUCUGUAGACAAGAAGUAAAGAACUUACCAGUUACAUUGGUUCGUGUGCCCACAAGUAAUCAACCAAACAACAGACGUGAUCGCAGUCAACCAAAUAUGCCGUCACAAACCGUAAGUGCUUGGCAAGAGUUUGUGGUGCUAGUUCUAAUCAGCACAGUCUGCUACUUCUUCUUCCUCGAGCAAUUACUGAUUCGUGACUUGAACAAGCAAGCUAUUUACAUCGCGGCGCCAUUUUCACUUACGUUAGGCCUCUUAGCAUCCAUUUUUGCCAUUGUCCUCGCUAUCAGAGAAUACAUAUGGACAUACGCAGCACUCGAGUUUGCGCUUGUGGGCAUGUUGGUUCAUAUAUUAUAUGCUACAGUUAGACUAUCGGCGACCUAUUCUAUACUUUUUGCAGGGAUUCUUGGUUUUGGGAUAGCUGUGUGCCUAAACUCGUUGUACCUUCAUUAUUUCGCUUGGCGUGUACGCAUUGCAGAAAAUACUAGUCCUGUAUGAAAUCUGUUUUCCUUGGUUUCUCUGUUCUUCCUUUGAGUUUGUAUUAUGGAAGAAGAAGUUGUUAGUGAAGAGAUUCAUCAGAUCCAGCAGUUACCUGUAAAAUGUAAAUAUGUACACACUCUUCUUCGAACAUGUUACUGAAGUUUCUUUUUGUACCCCUACCUGUUGUUUGCCG